AUGCCCUGUGAAGACAGUGUGGCUGCACAAUGGAAAUUCACCAGUCCUGCAACGUCAACAUACAGCGCUCCUACCAUGCAGAUCCAGAAAGAGCAGGUGGGGGACUUUGGGGCAGCGCAGAGGGAAAGAAAUGGGCCAGUGAGGAAACGGAUGUUUCCGGGGCAUAGUAGCUCCCAAGAUCUACCCGAGUUCAACCCUCAAAACAGAGAGUACUUUGAGCAACCAAAACCCCUCUCUGCAACUUUUAAACCCCCAAAUCAAUACCUGAACAAGAUGCCCAUGCAUAGGGGAAACACUUUGCUGCCUGUCAGCCUGAGGAUGAACCAGUGCCCCCAGCAUCACAGCCAGCAGAGCCAGAUGCAGAACAAGAUCAAACUGCCCAGGGCAAACUGUGGACCCCCUGGCACAUCCGUUUUUUUAUCUCAGUCAUUGCCAGAGUUUGUACCGCAGCACUCCCAGAUGCAGAGAGUACAACUGUGUGGUCAAGAGUACAGUCAUGGGGGAGGGCCAGCCAUCCACAGCCAGCCAGGACAGAGCCAGGUCGGCACCGGUUUGCGCAGCGUUAGUAGGAAGGAUGGGGAGUCAGUGGUGCAGCUGGAAAACAACAGGAUGCAUAUGGCGGGCUUUCUGGGUGAAGGCUUCCCUGCAAGAGCCCAUGCUAGCACUCACAUGAAAGAGCAAGACAAGAAGCAGGGAGUCCCACAAAACCCAAAUUUUGACCUUGUGGGGAACAUGACAAGCUCUCAGAGAUUUGGUGGAGGAAAUGUCCAAGUCAGUGCAGGGAACACACCCCAAUUUGUUCCUUUCAUGUUUCCUUUAAGUGACCCCACAAAGCGCCCCUGCCUGCCUUUUAAUCUGCCUUUAUCCCCGCUACCCUGUGGUCCCUUCAUGGAUAGAGGGGAAAAGAUUUCAGACAAAGAGUUUGCAGCUUUCAAUCCCUACCUCGGUGACAUGAUGGGCCGCAGUGGAGACAGCAUUCAUCCCUCCACAGCUUCAACCUCAAAGUCCCCGAGGACGAUGAAGAAUCGAGGAAGAUCUAUGAGCCAGCUUCACUUCUGUCUUGAAGAAUGUAACGAGCAACUGAGGUGUUUGGAGAAGGAGAGAAAGAAGACAGAAGCCAUUCUAACCAAGAUAUUCCCUGGGAAGCCAACUGCAGCAGUGACCAACGCCACACUACCCAAAACGCCACCAAACCCCACAAGAGUCGACCAUCUCAUUGUCAACCAGAUUCGAGAACAUGCGAGGGUGGUGAGCCUUAUGGGUAAAAUGGAGCGUCUGUGCAGCAUUCCUCUCCCUGCCCACCUUCACUCGACACUGGACAGACAUUAUAUGGCUAUUAGCGUUACCCAAACCAGACGCAAGGAGGAGUUUGUGGACAUGUCCAAAGGCCAGAGGCAGGGAGGGGCUCCCUUCAGAGAGGACAGAGACGCCAUACUGCUGGCUGUCGCGCUGAAAGACUUGUGUGCUGCCACCAGCAAGAGCCGCACGGCGCUGUGGUGUGCCCUCCAGAUGACACUGCCCAGGCCGGAGAGGCUGGACCACGAUGCUGGCAGGGAGGCCCCAUCGGCAAAGAGCAGCUCAGACAAAUUCUCCUAUUCUUACACACUGGCAUGAUUUCGCAGGCUGCAAGCACAUCGUAAAUGUGCUGAUGAAAUUAUAACUGCAUCGGAUAUUCACGGAGGCGUUUAGUUGAGAAAAAAACUUUUUAUUUUAUUAGUCUAAUUAAACUGUGAACAAAUUAUUUAGUGUUGAGGAGCUGACAACAGUGUUGAAACUCAGUUUACCAUCAUUUUGCAUUCUCCAUUAUGCUAUUGAUUUCCAUCACCACCAAAGGCCCGGCCCUCCAGUCUUUUUCUGUUACUGAACU